GAUCGGGUUCUUUCCGUGUUCGAUCCCCGGGGCAGGCGGAGGAUCACCUGGGCUACCCCGGGUCGAGACGCUCCGGGCCUUUACGUGCUGCCCGCCCCGGCCGGGCUGGGUGAAUCACGCCGCAGCCGGAGAAGGGGGCGGAGACGCCUGCUCCCUGGCUCCGGCUGCGUGACUCACCCGCCCCCGCCACCGCCGCUGCCUUCCGGAAGCGAGAGGAGGACCGAGCGGCGAGCGGCCCGACGGGGUCUAGGCUUGAGCCGCUCCGGGCGGGAGGCAGGAAGUACAGGCUGGACUGGGACGAUGCUGAGCAAGGGUCUCAAGCGCAAGCUGGAGGAGGAGGAGGAGAAGGAAGCCCUAGAAGUAGAUGCCUGGUGGCUGGAUCCUGGCCACCCAGCAGUGACACAGGCGCCCCCCACUGUGGCCUCCAGCUCCCUGUUUGACCUGUCUGUGCUCAAGCUCCACCACAGCCUGAGGCAGAGUGAGCCGGACCUGCGGCAUCUGGUGCUGGUGGUGAACACACUGCGGCGUAUCCAGGCGUCCAUGGCACCCACAGUGACCCUGCCACCUGUGCCCAGCCCACCUGUAGUCCCCAGUGUGUCUGAUAACCUGCUGGCCAGCUCCGACACCGCACUCUCAGCCUCCAUGGCCAGCCUCCUAGAGGACCUCAGCCAGAUUGAGGGCCUGAGCCAGGCCCCUCAGCCCCUGGCAGAUGAGGGCCCACCAGGCCGCCCGACAGGGGGAGCCCCAUCCAGCCUGGGUGGCUUGGACCUGCUGGGCCCAGCCACUGGCUGUCUGCUGGACGAUGGACUUGAGGGCCUGUUUGAGGACAUUGACACCUCCAUGUAUGACAGUGAACUUUGGGUGCCAACCUCGGAGGGCCUCAAGCCUGGCCCUGAGAAUGGGCCGGGCAAAGAGGGAGCUCCCGAGUUGGAUGAGGCCGAGCUGGACUACCUCAUGGAUGUGCUGGUGGGCACACAGGCACUGGAGCGGCCACCGGAGCCAGGCCGCUGACCCCGAGGGUCGGGAUGGUUGUCUGGCAUCUGAACUGAGCCUGGUGUCUGGAUCAGCCCUUCUUGGAAAGACACAGCCAGCUGCCCUAGCAGAGCCAGGGGCUCGGCCACUUGGAGAGACAGAAUCCAGUCCUGGGCAACUCCACAUCCAUUCUCUUGUGGAGGGGCCGUGGAGGGGUCUGGGACUGGCCCCUAGUGAUGGAAUGGCAGACAGGACCUAGUGGCUGGAAGGUGACUGGGCCAGGCCCCACGCUGGACUGAAUCCUCUGGAGUCACAGUGUGGGUUGUUUCUUUCUGGAUUUGGGAAGAGACCUCAACCUGUUUUUUGACAUUAAAACCAACUCUGGAAAAAAUCUCA